AUGGAGUUUUUUGUAGCAGAAAUUAUGUAUUCGUAUCAGUUUGGAAUGGCUCGAAUAAUGACCUUGCUUUUUGGGGCUAUUUGCAUACUUUGCAUUACUCAAAUUACUCAAGCAGUAACAACUAAAUCUGCUAAAGUAUCUAAGACCAUAGGCAAAGAUGAACUAUUUGUUCGCUACCUCGAUUACUUCGCCAAAAAAAUCAAUGAAGCUGAAAGAAACUUAAAAGAAAUGAAGGCUUUGUUAAGAACCGGGCGCGAUAUGAUGACUAAAUGCCAUUCUGUAUCCACUAUUAUGAGAAGCAGUAAAAGCCCAGAAGAAGCCGUAGAGAAGUUAAAAGACUUGAGCUUUAUUGGCUUCGAUAACGUGGCAAGAGGCAAUGAAUGCAACAAUCCUGAUGAUUGUUUCCCUUUUGCAGGAUUUUUCUUCGGUUAA